AUGGGUUCCGGGGUCUCGAAGGUCAUGGAUGAUCUUCUAGAGGACACUAAUUUUGACAGAGACGAGAUUGAAAGGCUAAGAAAACGGUUUUUGAAGCUGGACAGAGAUAGCUCUGGGUCUAUUGAUAGAGUGGAAUUCAUGUCGAUACCUGGUGUUUCUUCCAAUCCGUUAGCGGGAAGAAUCAUGGAGGUAUUCGACGCGGAUAAUAGUGGAGAUGUGGACUUUCAAGAGUUUAUAACGGGCUUGUCGAUCUUUAGCGGACGCGGAAGUAAAGACGAAAAGCUUCAAUUUGCUUUCAAAAUUUACGAUAUCGACAAGGACGGCUACAUCUCGAACGGUGAACUCUUCAUCGUGCUGAAAAUCAUGGUGGGCAAUAAUCUGGAAGACGAACAAUUGCAACAAAUCGUUGAUAGGACGAUCUUGGAAAGCGACAAAGAUGCCGAUGGGAAAUUGAGUUUUGAAGAAUUCAAAAGCGCAGUUGAAACCACAGAAGUUGCCAAUUCUUUGACGCUGAGAUGCGAUAUAUGA